AUGCCUCUGUCCCAGGACAACAUUGAGGCUAUUUGGGCGUGGGUGGAAGGAGAUGGGUGUGCCAUAGGUGGCAUUUACAGCCAAGAUGGAGACUUAAGCUCCCAGUUGGCAAAAGCACUGUGCGAGGACACGAGUGGCCACUCCAUGCCUAAAGUCCUCUACGUGCGCACGACGCCGCUGGAGGCGUGUCUCCUGGAGCAGGAAAUCGUCCAAGCCAUGCCGGAGGCGGGAGGGUAUACAGGUGUUUGGUCAGGGGAGGAUGACGUGCCCGAUGUGGCCUUGACUACCUACGCUGUCCUCCACAACUACCUUCGAACUCAUACGGGCCGGCAGCAACCCAUGUUCGAGGGGCCAACACUUGUCGUGUUCGAGCACGAAAUAGGCGUCUGGGUAGAGGGCCUCAUCACGCGGGACAUGCUUGCGUUGGUGGCUGCGAAGCUUGCGGAGGAUGAAGACGGCCCCUGGAUCAAGAUCCUCGGUCUUUCGUACUCUUCGAAUCCACAGGAAUGGCUUCAGCACCCCAUCCGGCUCAUGGGAGACCGGGACGGACGGCUCUCACUGGAUAUCCUUGUCGCUCCCGAGGAUCAGGUCAACGGCGGUAGCUUGCGGAAAGCCGUAUGGGACAGAGAUGGCAUUGAGGCAUGCGCGGUUGAAAUCGCCCACAAGUUGAAGGCGAAUCUGAAUGUGGUUGUUUUCUCCACUCCGGCAAGGUUCGGCGCCCUCUGUGAUGCAGUCGAGGGCUUACAUGCCGGAGAGUUUACAGCCUUGAAGGAUUUCUUCUCGGAGUGGCCUCAGGUUCAACUCUCGGGCAAGGCCCUUCCAGUAUUCACCCAAGCUGAAACCUUGGGGCACUUAAUCCGCAUGCCCCACGACGGGUACCCCUGUGGACUGCCUUUCGAGCGGAUUGGUGUGGUUGUGAUUAUGCCCCCAGGGAAAAAGCCUGUGUACAGCGAAGAGGCACGAGUCUGCUUGAGGUCCAGCAUAUCACUCACCCAGCCACAGUUUUGGAUCGAGUCAACCUUGAGAAGCUCUGGGCAAUCCUCGCCCUCUGUGGUUUGUUUCGUUGGGGACACAGAGAGCCUUCCAAAGUGCGCCAAUCACUUGGUCAAUAGGGAGGACGACUAUCUGGCGGGCUGGCUCUUCACAAUCAUGACCUACCCAGGCCGGCCCAUAGAGGAGCUCCCUUUCUUCGGGGCCCUCUCAAGCCCGACCUACUCCCGUGACUGCCUCGGUCAGCUGCAGGUCAUGGGACUGAUUGAGCCUGGAAGUGACAGAAUGGGUUUCGUGCACACGGAGCAAGGGGCCCGUGUAAUGUGGGCUGAUGAAUAUCUGGCCAAUAUCAGCCUGUCUGGUAUAUCAGCAUUGGCAGAUGUCAGUAUGCACCUGGGAGGCAACAUGGCUAGGUCAGCCGCCCGUCUGAUCUUGCUUCUGGAGCAUUACCCUACAACGGUCAAAGUUAUCGCCCGACAAGGAGAUGCAACCUCAGGGGAUGACUUUGGGUUGAUGCUGCAGGAACUGGCAGUUUCGUCGAGGAAUGGUGGGCCUGGCAGGAAGCACGUUGACCGAGGCUCUCUGUGGGCGGCGUGGGUGGCUUUCGAGGGCGCGUCCUCGGGAAUGGACUUGUCGCACGGUAAUUUCGAACAAGUCUUUACCGAUCCCGAGAUCUUCCCCAAGAUGAAGAAGCCUUCAUUUUUCCUUCGAGCCACUGGGCUGCGUGGCUUCUUGGAAGAUUUGGCUUUUUGGGAACAGAAGCUUGGUCUUGAUCCUCUUCACAGGAACGACUGGGCCGAUUUCCAAUUGUCCGAUUCAGACGCGGACGCCAUCCAAGAUAUCAUGGCCAGGGCAUACUACCCAUAUCUAUUGGAUGUCCCUGUCGAGCUCAAGGACGGCAGCAGCUUGAAAGACAGCCUCGGCGCCUCGCUCUUCCGUUCCAGGUCCAUUGUGCGAGGCACGAGCCCCAUGUAUAACUUUUACAAGAGGCUGUGGGCUGAAAGUGCGAGAGAGAAGGCCCCAACGCAGUCUAGGCACCUAUACGCAGGAGUGUCAACCCCGGCGUUGGUGUUGGGAGACAUGGGAAAUGAAAUCACAGCAAAUGCUGUGAUGGUAAUUCCGUAUGGGACGGCAUUGGCCGUCGACAAAAACGGGGCGGAUAAGUGGGCCAGGAGGAAUUCUGGGCUGUGA